AUGACUUUCCAUCACCGUUUCAGCCCAGCCCGCCUCGAUCUCAAAAGUUUAUUCUUCGCGACGAUUCGUGAUCUCGGCAGGAGCCAUACCUCUCUUGAUCUUGCCCAGCACCCCCCUCAAAGUCGUGCUCGUGCACAUAACUCAGAAGGACGAAUAGCUCCUCGCAAAGAUCAGGGAGAAGACACCGCAGCCGCAGCCGUGCGCAAGGGCUUUGAGGAAACAGGGUAUCGCUGCCGUCUCACACCGAUCCAUAUGCCCACUCGGGCGCCGAUGCCAGAUGCGGUGGGUGAGGACGUUGAGGUGCAUUACCCAGAUGUAGCGCCCGUGGUGGAGAAUUGCACGGAACCGUUUGCUGCCGUGACCAACAGACGAGGGACUCUGUCAAGCUCGCGUAUUGGUACGUUGGCGUGGUCAAUGCUGAAGAUGUCGCUCGUGCGUCCCCAAGAGGUCCUGGUCCUAUUGGCACUCAUAUGGAAGCUGAAGGGAAAGACAAGGAUAUUCGACGUCGAGGAUGCUCUUCGACAUUUGACGUUUGAUUCCAAGUUCGCAACGAAUGCCUGA